AUAAACUACAAUUUACCCUAAAUUACUAAAAUAUCGAUAUUUUAAUGUGAGAAUCGAUUCUAGAACAUAAAUGAUUGGUAUCGGAGGAAUCGAUAUUUCAGGAUCGAUCCGCACAUCACUACUCAGCGCUGGACUUCAGCCUUGUACGACCCAGAGAUGAGGCCGCUUCCACAUGUCUUUUUCCAUCUUCAGGUUAGAUUUAGCAACAGGAGAAAAAUCUAAAAAUACCAGCUUCUCUGGAAACUUUCUGGAUUGUCUAAGAAGAUGACUUUGAACAGGCUAUCAGCCAAAUAUGAGUCAGGUAAAGUUGUAAAACAUGAGGGGCUCCUGAUUUUCAUCUCCCAGCGUAGUCAUUGCAUCAUCACUUUUUCAUAAAGUUAUUGAAGCUCCUGUCUGUGGUACCCAGCAGUCUUCAGAUGUCCAUUAGCCCAUCGCUAUUGUACCAUUGCAGACGUCAGUGUUAUACUACUGUGUAUUUAUACCUAGCCCAGCAGAUGAUUUCUCUUGAUGAUACUUUAAAGAUGUAACAGGUUUUCAGGUCACCUUAUACAAACAUGAAAAGCAUCGCUUUAAAAGUAAGACAUGAAGAUUUUUUUUUAUUUGAAGAAUAGUUUAAAGGCCAAAAUAAUGGCCUUUUUCACAUCCUUGUAUCAUUACCUCUAUGCCUAUGUUGUCAUCAUACUUAUAAGAAUCAUAAGGCUUUAUAUUAAUUUUUGACUGAUAAAUCAUUCGAGUUGAUCUUGAUGACCUUGGUGGAUUAUAAUAGAUUGCUGGAGUGCUGAGUUGGGUCAUGUUAACAAAGUUUUACAUUACAUUGAAAACUUGCUGCUGUCAUGUUUAGAGACAGAAUGGCACGCACACAUGGAAACACUACUGAAACGUACCCUCACGGGCUGUUCCCUAGUGUAGUUAGUUUAGAGACAUAUUGACAUUGCACAGGAAAAAAAAUAGUAUUGCAGGUUUUGUAAAGUAAAUACUACUGAUGUUCUUUGUUUUGGGGUUUUUUUUUUGUUUGUUUGUUUUUUUCCUUAAAGGUAGGUGGAGAAAAGUCUGUUCUCAGCUAAUAAAACACAGCACACUGAGUAUCUGUUGGACUGAAUCCUUGUCAAGUGUGCCUGCAUAGCUAGAAAGCCCUGCAAACACACUCGGGCCUGUUUGAAAAUAGCUUAUAUAGCUUUGUUGGUUUCUUUUUUCCACUGUAUGGAGAACAUUUCAUCCUAUGCACCUGAAACUACAAAUGGAUCAGUCAUGCAUGGUUUGUCUCUUGAGAGGAAUCCCAUUGAAAUAUUAGAGACUGGAAGGAGCAUCAGUGACAUCAUUGAUGGCAAGAUUAGACAGCUGUAUUUGGUGGGCAGCGAGGAGCCUUUCUAUGUCGUAAAUCUUGACAAUAUAUUAGAGAGGCACCUGCAGUGGAUCAGUCUGUUGCCUCGGGUGAAACCCUUCUAUGCAGUGAAGUGCAACAACACAACAGCAGUUUUGAAGAUGCUAAGCGCUCUGGACACCGGAUUCGACUGUGCCAGCAAGGCUGAGAUCGAGCUGGCCCUGUCGCUUGGCGUGAAGCCCGAUGACAUCAUUUACGCCCACACAACCAAACCGCUGUCUCACAUCAGAUACGCCUGCGCUCACAGAGUGAAUCUGAUGACUUUUGAUAAUGAGGAGGAACUCUUAAAAAUCUCUCAUGUCCAUCCCCAAGCCAAGCUGGUAAUACGAAUUGCAGUGGACGACUCCAAAUCGAUGGUAAGACUCAGUCCAAAGUUUGGAGCCAGACUCCCCACAGUUAGACAGUUGCUGGGCCGUGCCAUAGAGCUGAACUUAGAGGUGGUCGGCGUCAGCUUCCACGUGGGCAGCGGCUGCACCAGGAGCUCGGCCUUCAGGCAGGCCAUCGAAGACGCUCGGCGCGUCUUUGACGUAGCAAGUGUUUUGGGGUUCCAGAUGAGACUCUUGGACAUUGGUGGAGGAUUUUCUAAGAUUGGGGACUUCCAAGAGAAGUUUAAAGAGUUCUCGGAAGUCAUUAACGGAUCGCUGGAUGAAUUCUUCCCACCUGUCAGUGGGUUGGAGGUGAUUGCAGAGCCGGGCAGAUACUACGUGGAAUCGGCCUUCACGCUGGCAGUGAACGUCAUCGCCAAAAGAGUCGUCGUCGAGGACAGAGCCAAUAAAUGCACAGAUGGAGCAGAAAGCUGCCCCGAGAGGGUGAUGAUGUACUACAUUAACGACGGUGUGUACGGCUCCAUGAGUUGCAUCACCUUUGACCCCGCUCACAGCAAACUUGAACCGUACCCUCACAGGGCUGUUAAGAAGAGCGAACCGAGAUAUUGCUCCGUCAUCUGGGGUCCAACCUGCGACAGCAUCGACAAAAUAACCGAAAACUACUGGAUUCCUGAGCUGUACGUGGGCGACUGGCUUCUCGUCGACAACAUGGGCGCUUACACUGUCAGCGUAACCACCGACUUCAACAGCUUUGAAAAGGCACACAUUUAUACUGUUGUGACAGCUGAGACUUGGCACAGCCUAAACCUGUCUCGUGCCUACGAUACUGUCCAUUAAUGAGGCGAGCACUUAUACUUAACUUCACUGGCCUGUUGUGAAUAUCGUGUCUUUUGUCUGUUGCACUGUAGAAUGUUUUCCUGCUUUUAAAAUAGCCUCUGUGUUAAGUCUGCUAACUUAGCAGAAGCAAGCCAUCCACUGCAGAGCUUCUAUGAAUGUAUUGUGAGGUUAAUGAUGUCCUUGUCUCAUCAAAUUUAAGUGGGGUGAAGACCAAUCGGUUACCUAACCUUAAUUACAGUGUUAUGUGACGCCCUUUUUAAAUACGAGACAUACGCCAGUUUAUUUUGGCCACUUAAUGACUGUAACUAGUUAAUAUGAUCUGCUGUCUGCCAAAGGAAGUGAAACUCGGAGCUAAAACUGCAUAUAAAACUGUAUGCUGCUAUAAGAAAUUAUUUAUUGUCAGUCUCUUACAGUCUACAAAUGUUGCAAGACUAAUUGUCAUUCUUUAUUUUAGCGUGUGUGUGCAUCUCUUCCAAAAAAAAAAUGGUGGGAGGAGAAGAGGUGUUUUUAUAAAAACAACAAAAAAAUAC